AGUUGUGGUUCAACAGGUUGUGCACCGCGUCACCAACACACGGCCCCGCGGUCCGCAAGAACGUGACCCCGCGUGCGUGAGGGAGAGGAGGGAGACAAAGCCCGAUGACGUGUGCGUGUGUGAGAGAGAGAGAGAGGUGCGUGGGUCUGUCGGACAGGAACGGUGUCAGGAGGUCCGCGCAUGUGAGCGGCGGUCAGGUGUCGCGGUGACGGCGGCGGUGGCUCCGUGCCUGGGAGGGAGCUAUUUUUGGCGCGGAAGAGGGAGACGAGUUGUUGACACGUGAGGCCGAGGCACCGCGCAUGCGCGCAAGCGGAGCGACAAAACAUUGCUCUUCUUGUGAGGCUGCGCAACUUCCUGUGCAACCGCGACCCCCCUGAACGCAUCAGCAGUUCGUUUCUGCGCAGCCUCGCUCCGUUCAGUGGCGCUUCGUUAUGGAACCGUUUUUAAAUGAGUCAAUCGUGGACAACAGUCCGGCAUCACACAGUAUAGACGAAGACCGCCACAGACAGGGAGGUACAUCCGUGAGACGUAUCAUGAGGACCAUACACGACGUGAAGAUACAGUAAAGGAGGAGAGAAAAGACAUCCACUGAAUGUAGUAAUAAGGAUCACGACCAAUAAGGGCUGAACUAUGUCAGAAUUGAGUGUUUUUCAUUAUCUUUUAUUCUGUUCAAGUAAUGAUGAUCACGUUCCACAAUAGAUCAAGAUGUUUGUUUAGAAAUGAGGGGCUUUUUUGGGGCAUAUUUCAUUUUGGGUGGGUGUAAAAUUUGGCAAAUAAUGGUCAGAUUUGUAACAUAAAGUUCAUUGGAGGAGAAACGUCAAAUUUCCUGUGGUCUUAAAAAGAAAGAAACCCACAUCUGUCAGUAAAUCCACCACAGAUGUCUCUAUGUGUUCAGUGGUUCUUCAGUCAUGGAACAAAAAGAAGACUUGUCCUCUGCACCCAGAAUAAAUCUGGAGGAGUCAUCCUGUACGCAGGCUCCUCGGGGGGCUCCAGCCCCAGUCCAGGCAGCCCUUCCAGCGGGUACCAGACCCAGUCCCCGUCCUCGCAGCCCUCGUCCCCAGAGGAGGCCUCCUUCAUGGAAAUUGGAGCGUUGAAGCAGAGGGCGUUGGGCUGCAGCGACCCACCUUCCAAGAUGGUGUUCCAGUUUCCAGAGGUCUACAGCAGCGGGCCUCCAGCCUCAGGGAAGAGGCCGUGUGGAUUCACAAAAAACGGCGGGGUGGUUCUGCUGUGCAAAGUGUGCGGGGACGUGGCCUCAGGCUUCCAUUACGGGGUUCAUGCCUGUGAAGGCUGCAAAGGCUUCUUCCGCCGCAGCAUCCAGCAGAACAUCCACUACAAGAUGUGCGUGAAGAACGAGAACUGCCUGAUCAUGCGCACGAACCGCAACCGCUGCCAGCACUGCCGCUUCAAGAAGUGCCUCUCGGUGGGGAUGUCUCGAGACGCUGUGCGUUUUGGCCGCAUCCCCAAACGAGAGAAACAGCGCCUCCUGGAGGAGAUGCAGAGCUACAUGAAUGAAAUGGCGGCGUCAGAGGCGAGGAGUGCCGCGGGCAGCCCGGUGAACGACAACGCCAAGGAGGCCAUAGGCGCCAUCUCCCGGCCACACCAGGACGUCUUCGCCACCACAAGGGGGCAGCACAGCGUCACCAAGCAGUGUCACGCCUCCCGCCCGUACCAUUUCCCGCCAUCCCAGCUGCACGGCGCCUGCAGCUACCGGCCAUGUCCAGUCACUUCCGACCAAAGCCACCACAUGUCUCCAAACAGCCCACGGCCGUACGACCGGAGCAGCUCGAGCCCAUGGACGCUGGCGCCCGGCGCUCAAGUGUUGGCCUGUCCGCUCAACACCCGCCCGGUCUCCGGCCCGGAGAGCUCCAGUCAGGAGGUCUGGCAGGCUUUCUCCCAGUGCUUCACUCCGGCCGUCAGAGACGUCGUGGUGUUCGCCAAAGGAAUCCCGGGGUUCCAGCAGCUGAGUCAGCAGGACCAAGUCAUGCUGCUCAAGUCUGGAACCUUCCAGGUAAAACCGCAAGCUGCACCACCAGCGGUCGCCAGAGUUCUCAGCCAACGUCUGUGCUCAGGUGCUGGUGGUUCGCUUCUGUCACUUGUUCAACGCGGCCGAGCGCAGCGUCACCUUCCUGAACGGACCGACGUACCCGCGGGCGGCGCUGCAGGCCCUGGGCAUGGGCGCCCUCCUGGACGCCAUGUUCGACUUCAGCGACAAGCUGGCCUCUUUGGCCCUGGAGCCAGACGAGAUGGCGCUGUUCAUGGCUGUGGUGCUGGUGUCUGCAGACCUCUCAGGGAUCUCGGAUGUCGGUGCGGUGGAGCAGCUCCAGGACAGUCUGAUCCGCUCGCUGCGCUCUGCGGUGACGCGCCGGCGCCCAGACCACGCCACACUGUUCUCCAAACUGCUGCUUCGGUUGCCCGACCUACGGACCCUCAACAACCUGCACUCUGAGAAGCUGCUGGCCUUCCACAUCGACCCUUGAGCAAGACGGACUCCAGAGGAGCAGGUCUGAGCUGGUGGCCAUGGGGUUGGCGCCUCACUGGAGAAGGAAAUACUGCCCAGCGGACCAAAAUGACCCGGCUCAGCGGGUCCUCCAGCGCUGGAGAACCGCAGGCUCAGACUCGGGGGUGCUGAUGAAGAGAGGCCCUUGGCUCUUCUCUUUAUGAAGGGACAAUCUGUUCUGCACAGUUGAGUGCAGAGAUCUAAUGAGACAGGAGCAGGUCUGCUGUCAGAUGAAGAUGAUGUCACACUCACGAGCAGCACCCCCUCAGGCCACCCCAAACUAGGGCACUUGAAGGUGUAUAUCUGUAACUGUUGUGAAGAUAAAAGUGGCACUUUUACUGUAGUCUGACGG